CACGGCUCUGGGUCGCGGCCUCGGCGCGGAGCCAGCCGAAAAGUGGCAGCGACCCCGGGCUGUGGGCCCUUCCGCCCCGGCUGCUCGAGGCUGCCCGAGGCUACUCUCCGGGCCGCGCCGAACCGAGGGCCGCAGGAUCCGUGGGGGGCGCUGAGGACCCCGGGCUGCCAGCGUGGAGUCCCAGUUGAAGCCUGGCCUGGCCCUUGCGGGCUGGGAGACCUUGGCCAAGUCAGCCUCAGCCCUCGCCCUGGCCUGAGUUUCCACAUCUGUAAUGAAUGUCUGGACUAGAUGAUCUGUGAGGACCUGCCACUUCUGACGUGUGUGAUCUCGAGACACCCGCAUACUUUGGAAGCUGCCAGAGGGAAUACUUAGUUUCUGCUAUGAAGUAGUCUUUGAAGAAAUAUACGUGGAGGAGCAAGCCCUUGGGGAAAAAGCUUGAAGUCCAUGGCCCAAAAUGACUCUACCACUGGAGACUCUGUUCAGUAGAGAAGACACCCAGACAGGAGGCUGGGAUGAGCAUGCCACUGCAUCAGAUCUCUGCCAUUCCAACCCAGGAUGCCACCUCUGCUAGAGUCUACAGAAGUAAGACCAAAGAAAAGGAGAGGGAAGAGCAGAAUGAGAAGACUUUGGGACAUUCCAUGAGUCAUUCAAGUAACAUUUCUAAGGCUGGGGGUUCUUCGUUGGCGUCGGCUCCAGUGUCCGCCUUCUCUCGCACUUCUGUCACGCCAUCCAAUCAGGACAUCUGCAGUUCCAGUGCAGUGUGUUCUGAGUGUUGUCACCAAAGUCCCGUGCAGUCUGCCGUUGUCUUGAAAGCUCCUCAAUGCCAGAGUUCUCUGACACAAGGGCUCACUGUGACAGUUAUCUGUAAAGACACAUUGUCAAAGAGAAAUUCCUGUGGUUCAGAAUGGACCCAGGCCUUGAAGCCUGCUGACAAUACCAAAGCCAGAAGAAUACUAAAGUUCUCAAAAUCCCUAAACGAUGUGGGUGAGAAAACCCAGAACACUUCGGAAAGUUUUGACUAUGUGGAAAGAACUCGCUCCGAAGGGAAAUUGAUACUCCCUCAAGAUCCAGGUCUCAGGAUUAACAGGUUCCAUCAGAAGGAGAAAAAAGCGCAGCAUCACAAACCUCUUGGCAGUUCCAAACAUUCUUGCGUUUCAUCCCUUUCUGCCAACCGUUCAGUUGCCUCAGAGGUGGAAGCUGGCAAGGGGGGCAUCCACGUCCCUCUUUUGGAAGAGAGAGCGGAUGCUGAAGCUGUGUCCAGGAGCCGGCGACUGCUCCGGUACCUGUUCUCGCUCUCGCACGGCUCGAGCGCCAGCAGCCUGCACAGGUUCCAUGAGCUGGAGGGCUGUGCCGCGCCCCUGCACACCGCCAAGUCCUCCAGCGGGCUGGCAGGGAGCAUGGGCUUCUGCUCCGAUGAAAUGGGAGACGACGAUGUCUUUGAGGACAGCGCAUCUGCAAAAUGGAAGAACAAGGUCCUGCGGGCACCCCUCUGCUCAGUGGAGAAGGACAGUGACCUGGAUUGUCCUUCUCCCCCCUCUGAAAAAUGCCCCCCCAUAUCUCCUGUAUCCACAUCAGGGGAUGCCUGCAGGAUCUGCCACUGUGAAGGGGAUGACGAGAGCCCUCUGAUCACCCCCUGCCGCUGCACAGGGAGCCUCCACUUUGUGCACCAGACCUGCCUGCAACAGUGGAUCAAGAGCUCCGACACGCGCUGCUGUGAGCUCUGCAAGUACGAGUUCAUCAUGGAGGUCAAGCUGAAGCCUUUGAGAAAAUGGGAGAAGCUGCAGAUGACGGCCAGUGAGCGCAGGAAGAUCAUGUGCUCAGUGACAUUUCAUGUCAUCGCCAUCACCUGUGUGGUCUGGUCCUUGUAUGUGCUCAUCGACCGCACCACUGAGGAGAUCAAACAUGGACAGGCAACAGGAAUCCUAGAAUGGCCCUUUUGGACUAAAUUGGUGGUUGUGGCCAUCGGGUUUACCGGCGGACUUCUUUUUAUGUACGUUCAGUGCAAAGUAUACAUACAAUUAUGGAAGAGACUCAAGGCUUAUAACAGAGUAAUCUAUGUUCAAAACUGUCCAGAGACCAGCAAAACGAAUAUUUUUGAAAAAUCUGCACUAACAGAGCCCAACUUUGAAAAUAAAGAUGGACCUGGAACCUGUCAUUCCGACACAAACUCUUCUUGUUGGACAGAACCUGAAGACACUGGAACCGAAAUCAUUCAUGUCUGAUUUUGUGGAGGGUGUAGUUUUCCUGGACAUCGAUGAACAGCUGAAGGAAAUUGUUUACUGCCAACUCUGUACCUUUUUUUAUGUCCUUUAAUAGCAUAGACCAGGCAGGUGACUGUUUUUUUAAUGGCUUCUCUUUUUCUAAACCCUCCUUAGUGAAUCUCCCAGAAAGCCCUCACAUUGGCUGUGCGUGGCGGGGUCCCACUUCUGCCAGCACUUCCACGGGAAGGGAGGCCCCCGUGACACUGUGAGGGGUUGCUGGCUGGGUUCUGGCCCACGAAGCCUUGAGCAGUGAGAGAAUAAAAUGCCGGACCCUGAGAAGGGCAGGAGCCGGGUGGCACCCUGGCCUCAGCGCCCUGCCUCUCCCGGUCAGCAGCAGUCCCCCCACUGGAGCAGAGUGUGUGGGAAUGUCUAGUCAUGCCAGAGGAUUUCCCUCCUCACCAAGAAGAGCCUGGGGAGAUGAUGCUGCCACUGACGUUUCUCCUGAGCAGACCGGGCAGUGGUGCUCUGUGCAUGGUGGCGAGUGAUUCACUGAGCAAACAGCACUUUACAAAAAGAGAAUCUUUAUUUUGUAGUAUGUGUGUCCAGUGGGAUUGACAUUUAAAAGAACGUCUCAUUUAGAAGCCUUCCCUUCAUGACCCUGAUUACCUAUCUCUUUUACGUUAUGAUAGAUCUAAAACCCUUUUUGCCUUAUAUAUUCUAAGAAACCUGACAUCUGCUCUGUGUCCAUAAAAGGAACUUGUGGCUAUAAAACUGGAUAAACAGGCCUGAGGCUUUUUCAUAAUGUUUCAUGAGAAUUAGUGAACACCAGAUGGCAAUUUGAGCAUAGUUCCUGUGGUUUCAGGCCUAUUAUAUGGCAAGUCUUCAUGUCACAGGCCUGCCCCAAAUAUUUUUUUUUUUGUCAACACUGAAAAAGAAGGUUUUGUGAGAUCUAAACAAAAGGAAGGAAGUGAGUAAUUAGAACAAAACUGAAUGUUUAAAAAUGAUUCCUUUAUGGACAACCUCUCCGGUUCAUGCUGGCUUCACACUGACGGAGUGAGCACGCACUGCCCUGGUCUGGGGCACGCACACUGCAGGCACUCCUGGGCGCCGGCCACCUUGGACAGCUUCUCCUGGGGUGGCUCUGUGGAUCACUGCUCAGGGCAGAGAGACAGACGGGCUGGCUCUGGGACAAAGGCCAGGAGCGAGUAGCAAACUGCCAUGGCCCCACUGGGUCACUGCCCCCAGCCACACCUCCACCCAUUUAUCGCCUUAACCGGACUGGACAGCGAGGACCCUUUAGGGGCCCCUGGCCCUGUAAUCAGUUCGUUCUGUCAUCAGGGAUUAUCUCCUGUACCAUUUUCAUAAGACAAAACCAAACUCUCCACCAUCAAAUGGCCUUUGUCCCUUUAAAAAUUCUGCUUAAAGUUCUGUUUUUAAAAACCCGUUUCUCUGCACCAGGUAAAUAAGAGUCAUCUCCAGAAAAAUAGGCCAAGAGGGUCUGCAUUGUAACAUCAUCAUGCCCAGAAUACUUCCUCUCCAGGUGACUCUGCAUCUGCAGAGCCUCCUAUAAGGGGAAGGCUGCUUGGGUGGGGGAGGGGGUGUCCUGCUCUCAGCCCUCUGAACCUUAGGUGCCCCACCUGUCCUGUUUUGAGGAUGAAGCAAACACAAGAUGAUUCCUUUGCCUUUCAGACUGGAAGUGCUGUGGUUAGUUUUGAAAGCCAGGACGAGGCCGAAGUGUGUCUAAGCUCUGGGAAGGGCGUGUGGUAGCAGGCUUUGCCCUGCCACCUCCUCCCACCCAAAGUCUGACUCAUCAGGAUCACGGAUCCCUGUCUAAGGAUCUGCUCUGCCGUGGCCUUCCUCUGGUUGGGCAGGCACUAUCCAACCAUGGCAACCCCUGAAAAUAGGUCAGCCUGCUCUCGCUCUCUCGCGGUCUCUAUCGCGCUCUCUCUCGCCCUCUUGUCUCCCAGGCCGCAUCCGGUCCGCGCCUGUGUUCACUGUGCCCCAAGUGCAAUUACCCACACCCCUUCUCAGCCUGGGGACUCCAGGCAGCUACACGCUGUCCACUCAGGGGAGCUGAGUCCUGGUCAGCCCUGCCUCUACCCCUUAGAAACUGCCCAGGCAAGGCCUCUUGUCCCUGCCGUCUUCUUACAGCGAAUGAGUAGUCACGUGAAGACUGGGAUAGAAUUUUAAGUGAGAAUCCUUCCCCUCUCCCCUGAUGGAGGCCCUUAUGCUGAAGCUGAAAGUCACUGAGACUUCCUGCGGAUGGGAAAGUGUGCUUUAGGUAAGGAUAGCUGCUGGGCCGCCCACCUGUCAUGGCUGGCACCCCGUAGAGCAAAGGUGCCUUUAUAACCACGACUGCUGUGUUGCUCCCAUGCCUGACCAGGUUGUCACGUGAAACUCUUACUUCUUUUCAGGAAGGCCUAACACCAUCUCAUCACCUCCACCAAACUCCUAAAAGCCUUCUGCCUGGGGACAGUCCAUCCCACGUCCUUCUUUCCUGUGCUGGGAUGGCACACAGAUGUCCCCUUGCCUUUCUCUUUUCUUGUAGGUUCUAGUUGGGCUCCUCUCACCCUUUUCUUAGUCCCGGCUGGCCGUAUUCCCCGCCGACUGAACUGGGAAGCCAGAAGCCCUGGAAAGGUGCUGUGCUGCCAUCUAGUGGGGGAAGCAGAUCUGCCAGGUGUACCUUUAAUCCACAUCAGCUUGCCCUCUAGUUCUUUGGGGGUUAUUUAUUCCCUAGUCUCCCCGCCCCCUCCCAUUCUGCACCUGGCUUUGUGGGAGGAUGACACUUGGCUGAACCAGAAAUGUGGGAUGAGCCUGUGGGUCUGGGGGCCAGGCAAAGGGGAGAGGGAAGUGGCUCAGGGGUGUGGCCAGCUAGCUCCCUCUGAUUUGGCCUUUGCUUCCCCAAAAGGUGCAGUAUGGCUCGAGGGCUUCUGACUUUGGCCGCCAGCAAUAAUUUGUUUUCUUUUGUGCCCGAGUUGAUUUUAAGAAUUCCUGGAAACUAUAAAAAGGUCUCAUCCUGCUCCAGGCCUCUAUGUCUCCUCCCUUUUCACCUCCUUCCACCGUUUUCAAUCUUAUGGGUCUAGUUUUCAACCUUGCUGGCGUGCCCUCCCUGGCUCCAGACAUGCAGGCCCCAGGCAGUGGGCCAGCGCAAGCGCAUCAGGUAGUGCCUGCACAGUUAGGGCUGCUUCCGCCUCCUGGUGGGUCAGCCACACGGCUGGCGGAGGCCUGCAAACAGCAGGGCCGAGAUCCACGAUGCUGUGCACUUGGCCUGAUGCAAAGACACUUUUUGAAUACUUUCCCUUUUAGAUCUGAUUUGAAACAUGCAGCUUCCCUCUCCAGCCCAAGGAAAGACCGAAACAUAAGGGAAGAAAAGGAUUUAUCUUUGUUUUGGAAGUAAUUAAGUUGUGCAGCUAUUUACCUAUUUAGAUGCAACAUUUAUAGAAAGCUGAUCGUUAAUAAAAACCAAAUUUACACUGGCAUGUGUGGUGUAGUUUCUAAAAGACACUUCACAUUUGAAGACUUUCUUAACUUGGUAACUUUCUAGUUCUCUAAAUGUCUGGUUUUGUAUCCUUUUGUGUAUGUUCACUGUUUCUCAGUAUUACCACUUGAAUAAUUCUCUGGGGGGUUGUUUCUGUUAUAUACGGGGUGUCUUAUUGCAGCAAUAAAGCAUCUCUUUAAAAAGGA